CCACAUUGGUUCACCCUAACCGGACCAAACCCUUUUAGCCCCAAACCCAGAAAACCCUUCACACACACACUAUCUAUCACCUCUGAGAUUUUUUGCAUUGUGGGUUGUGCUUCUGAGCUCAAAAGAUGGAGGCUUUGUGCUCCUCUGAGAGAAACAGCUUCUGGGUCGGCUCUGUUUUGGAAGCUAUGGUGGUCAACACUGUUCUUGCUGCUCACAACUCUCUUGCUCUGUUGCUCUUGGCGACUGGAUCGCUGAUGAAUGAUAUCAAUGUGUCGCCAAAAUUAGCUGCAUUCGCCGGAAGCUUUCCUUUUGAAGAACUAUUCAAAUUGGAAAAACCUGGUCCGGAAAACAAAGAUGCCAGUGACACAGAAGAUGACGAGGAAGAUGAUGAUGAUGAUGUGCCUGACGAUGAAGAUGACGCAGGAGAUGAGGACUUCUCAGGCGAAGAAGGGGAAGAUGCAGAUCCUGAGGAUGUGCCUGAAGCCAAUGGUGAUGGAGGAAGUGAUGACGAUGAUGACGAGGAUGAUGAUGAUGGUGAUGAUGAUGAAGAUGAGGAUGCAGAGGAUGAAGAAGAGGAAGAAGAGGAGGAGGAGGUUCCGCAGCCUCCUGCUAAAAAGAGGAAGUGAGAAGUAGGCUGUAUCCUGUGUCCUAGUUUCAUUCUGCUUUAGGUCAGAGUUAUGGAGUAGUGAUUUGAGUUUAGUGUGUCAGUUUGCUAGUGUAGAAAUUGUUAUCCUUGUUCUCGAUGAAUCCUCUAAUGUCAUUGAUUAUCUAUGGUACCUGCAGUGUACUCGUAUGAAAUUAGUAGACCUCUUUGAUGUAGUGUUAUUAACAUUCUUCUGAUGUGUUCGAUGGUUAUUACGUUCCUA